AUGAGCGACAAAUAUCUCGACGAUUACCUGCCAGUGAUCGCGAUUGACGUCGCCGUUGAAGAGAAGACGAGAAUCGCCAAGAUGGCUGUCGCGACCUUGCGCAAGCUGCACAACGUGAUGCGGCAGAUGAGAGAUUGGCGGGAAGAUAGCGCGAAACUGAAGAGUAAUAUCUGGCGGAUGAAAAUGGCUCUGCGUGCGGAUGACAAGAAUGGGAACGAUAGCCAGCAGAUCGAUCCUUUGAUCGUACAUCAGAGAGCGGAGAUUAGCCGGUUGGAGCAGGCGAACGGCGCAUUAGAGAACGAAGUAACGAGCCUGAAAUGCGCGCUGACGAAAGCCGAGGAAGACAUCGCGCGUAUCACCGUUCGCGAAAUGGGCGAUAAGAUCGUGACGAUCGGGAAUGAAUUCUCGGGCGAAAAGGAACACGCGAGCGACGAAAUUCUCCGUCCAAAGGAGGACGAGACAGGCGUCACGUUGAGGCAAUUCCAGGACAGGCUGGACGAGUUCGCGAGGGGUGAUCGGACGAUAGAAGUAAUUUUCGCGAACGCGAUCGGCAAAACCGUCGAGACGGUUAUCGGCCUAUCGGAGGAGCUCGUAAAUGUCACCGAGAAUCUGUAUAGGUUUAAGAACCGAAACAAAAACCUGCGUCUCAAACUGGACAGAUUGAGGGCCAUGCUGCGAUCCAAGUGCGGCAAUAGCGCGGAAUAUCGGAGGAGGAUCGGCGAAUUGAAUAAUCUUGCGGAACAAUUGAUGGGGGAGAUGGGCCGGUUGAAAGUUAUUCGCGAGAAUGCGAACUAUAGCGAAAGUUCGAGCGCCAUGGAUAUCCCGGACGUUGUUAGACACGUCGAGCGUUUGAUGAACGACUUGAGGAACAAUCUGAAGAGCGAUCGCGAGGCGAUGAUCGCCGCUGGCGAGCCCGAUUGUUUGAAAUACAUGAAGAAAGUUGUUAAUUUGAAAGUAAAUCUGAGGAUGCUGUCGGUGGAGCUUAGGCGAUCAAAUGUGCCGAUGGAUAAAGGAUCAUGCGAGAAUUUCCCGGGCGGGAGGAAAUGCAUGGAGACGGCCUCGCUGUUGGAUGAUUUGUUGAAGGAAAUCGACAGCGAGAUUGGAAAAUUGAAGAUAAAACCGAUGGACAAAUAUUGCCGAAUCGGCGGCGUCAACGGCACGCGAUAUAUGACCAAAGUUGUAGAACUCGAAGAUAUCGUUAGGAAAUCUAUCGCGGUGAUCGCCAUCCUAAAACAGGCCUCGCCUGAAAUUAUAAAUACCAAUGAGAAGAUAACGGAGGCACUGGAAGACUUGAUCGAGCGACUGUGUUGCAAGAUAAAGGAACUCGAAAUUUUCGACGAUCGCGCGAAUUUACGCGAAAGAAUCGCGCAGAUGGAGGCUCUGAUCAUAUAUCUAAAAUCGGAAUUGUCGGAGAAGAACGAGAGUAUAGACGCGCUGAGCGAUGAACGCGCAAACAUUAGAUUAACAUUAGAGAGCGAUCGCAAGAAAUAUGAAAAGAUUAUCGUCGACGUGCGCGAGGCGAACGAAAGUCUUCGGGGGAGUGUAAAAAAGAGCAAACAAGAAAUAUUGGAGCUGUCGCUUAAACGCGAUCAUUUCGAACAGCGUGUCGCGGAAAUGCAAUUGAUGAAGGUUGAAAUUGAUGCAGUGAGAAAAGAAUUGCGGGAGCUCCGCGAUGACAAAGGGAUGUUAUUAGGGGAAGUGGAAAAGAUGCGUGGCGUUCUCCGAGAGAGGGACAAGGAAAUUGAGAAUAUUAUUACCCAGGGGGACGCACUGAAAGGGGUCUUGCGAGCCGAGGUGGAGGACUUGAAGACGAAACUUGGGAUCACUUCCGACGAAAAUGUAAAACUGAGAAGUAUAAUUGAGGGACUUGAGAAACAGAAGGAACACGAGCGGCUGGACAAAUUGAAAAGUUCAGAGAAGGGAAACGGCGAGGAGGAUCCUGACAAUGGCGAAUACUGUGCACGAAACCUCAGGGAUGAAUUAGAAUACUCGAAAGCCGAGUCAAAUGAGCCUGAAAUAAGACUGAGCAAGGCGAUGCGAAUCGGCUAUUUGAAGUGCGCAUUGGAUAAAGUCGCCGGUGACGGGGCCAUGCCGGAGGAUGAAAUUUCCGAUUUGAAGUCUAACGAGCAGUCGUUGACGUAUCGAUCGAACGUCCGGACGAGCUCCGGCAAGGAAACAUUGAGAGAAUACGAGAGAGUGAUGGCGGGGUACAAAGCGUCGGAGAAUAAAGUCAAACAGCUUCAGAACGAGAAAGAACAACUCGAGAAGGAGUUGUCGGAGUUGAGAUCCGAAAAAGGAUUAUUGGAUAGGUCGAUGGCCGAUGCCAAUAACAAGUGCGCCGUGUUGCAGGAUCAAGUUAACAAAUUUAAGUCCGAGCGUAACGGCCUUCGGGGAAAGAUAAGCGAGCACGAAGCUGCCGCGGAGAAUUUAAAGUUCGAGUUGGAGAGAACGCGAGGGGAACUCGAAGAUGCGGCCGUUAAUGCGGCGCGCCUGCGAUCGGAGAACUCGAGGAUCGUCGCCGAUUUGGAUACGCUGUCUCUACGGAAUAUCGAGACCGAGGACCGUGUACGAGUGCUGUUGACAGAAAAGAACGAGUUGGCGACGCGUAUUAACGAGCUCAAUGAUGAGAACGUCGCCCUGCGAGAGCAGUUGAAUAAGGCUACCUGCGACACGAGGGAGCGAGAUAACGUCGAGCUGAGGAGGCAGAGGGACGAUGCUAGAGGGAGAAUAAAUGAAAUCGGUAACGAGUGCAGAGUAUUCGGUAAUCAACUGAAAAUCCAGCGAAUGAAGUAUGAGGCGCUGCGGCUGGCCGUGGCCGCGUUGCGCGACGAAAGUAACGAUCGUAAGAAUUACUUAAGAAAGAUCGAUACGCAUACGCAUCCGCUUCACGAGCGGGGAUUCGCCGACGCUUAUAAUGAGAUUAACGAGCAGAAAUUGGGUAUCGCGUGUACAGGCAUAAAGGCAAUGAAAAUUGAUGAGCGGAGGAACGGCGAAACAGAAGUCAAAGUAGAAUCUGAUACAUGCGCGGACCGUGAUAACAAAGCGGAGAUCAAAGACAAGCCAAAGGCCGAACUAAAGAGACUGAGAACCGAGAAUAAGGCUUUGAAAUUAGAGCAGGCGAAUUUGCGGUCUGAAAACUUCGAGAUUACGACGGGGCUGGCUCGUACGGAGGAUAAAUCCAAAAAUCCGACGGAAAUGACGACGGCAGACGAGGAAAUCGUCGGUGCUAUCUCGAAGAAAUUCGAGAGCGCACCGAGUAUCCGAUACGAAAAAGGAGUAAGCAAUUAUCGUAAUUAUUCCGACAAUCCGAAGAUGUCCGAGCAUAACGAAAGAAUUGUAGCGCCCGAUAUCGAUCACCAAGUCGGGAAUAGGACGCUGGAAAUGAAAGCAGAUAUCCUGCGCGAUAGUCGCGACUCCGGCCUGAUGAACAGCGAGAAAACGAAGGCCGACUUUAGCGGAACGAUCGAGGAGAUUCAAGCUUUGAAACUCGAGUUGAUGAAUCUGAGGGACGAGAAAGCGACAUUGAGGUCGCAGCUCGAGAUAUUUAAGGAAGAAUCGAACGCAUUGAAAUCAGAGAGGACAGCUUUAAAGGACGAGCUCGCCGCCUCGAGGAAGUCGAAUUUCGAUCUUAGGCUCAAAGUGAACGACCUACGAGGCGCUAACGAAAAAUUGAGAGAGACGAAUAUGGGAUUGGGGGAUCGUCUGCAAGAUGCAUUAAGAGAGAUGAAUGAGUACACCGCGGUAUCGGAAGUAUCGGACGGAAAAUUAAAAGAUAAUUUUGAAGAUGCGUCAAGUGACAAUCGGAAAAAGUAUAUCUUCGCGGAGAGAAAUCUGCGGAUAAACAGGCGAAAUCGAUUCGACUACGUCUCCAACAGAAAUCCAGAUCUACAAUCCAUCGAAAAGAAUCUACAACAUAUAGAAGGACAUAAAAGAAUACAAAAGUCUUGAGAUUGCUGAAUAUACAUAUCUUCACACAGUAUUUACGUACACGUAGUAAUUUACUAAAUCUUUAUUUAUCGUACGUACUAAUUAACACUAUAAAAUUAUUUUCAUUAAUCUUAAUUAGGAGAAGAAGUGAUGAGAAAGUAUUUUGCAAAAAUAGCUUGGAACACAUUAAAUCGAAAAAUGAAUAUAAUUUUAUUAUACUUGGAUAAUUUAUUAUGCUUUGAAUAUAUAUAUUUUAUACUUCAUUUAGUUUCUUUUGUUGUUAAAGGCUCCACGUAACCGCGACAGUUCUUCGAAAAUUUAUGAAGGCAACUCUCAUGUUCUCUCAGCAAGCGGCAAGAAUCGUUUUAAGAGCAACUGACAAAACCUCCUGAAAGCGUGCCGCUACUUCAUCUUUUAGGAGUAGACGAGUAGUUAAAGCCAAACAGGACAAUGACAACAGGAGCGUGACGGCGAUAAGGAUAAAGCGGUGUCGGUGGAGCGCGUAAUAAUGCAUUAAUCGCGCGCGCAUGUCGGGCCAUUAUCGCAUACUCUACGACUACGGCGUCACGUCGAAAAUCCUCGUCUGAGAUUAUUUCAACAAAAACGUAAAGCUCGCUUUGCGCAGCAUAGUCGGUGCUCAUUUAUCAUUCCCAUAGACCGGCAGAGUGCGAUGUGGCACAUUGCAAAUGAGUGGAUACUCCUCGGGCGCUCCUACAAUUACAUUCUUCUUCGGUCUUUGACUUCUGUAUUCCGGAUUAAACGGCCACAAUUAAAUCUCAAUGAGGUAUCUAUCAGAUUUUACUACUAGUUGAAGUUCGAAAUAGAUUGCGAAAAUAACGUAAUGGUAUCUGGCGGCAGCGUACCACCGAAUGUUAUUUCGUUUAGACUGCGAUCAAUAAUCACGUUUUGUAAAAAAAAAAAAAA